AUGAAGUCCUUCUCGAACGUCGCUCUCGCCCUGCUGGCUGCGACCAGUAUGGUCGCUGCCGAGAUUUCGGCUUCGGACUGCGCGCAAAUGUGCAUCAGCAACAUGAACGCCAAGGCCUCCGAGCUGGGCUGCACCUCUGGUGACACGGCCUGCCUGUGCAAGAGCCAGGACUACCAGUAUGGUAUUCGUGACUGCACUACUGAGGCCUGCCCCAGCGAUGAUGCUGCCACCGUUCUCGAGUUGGCCCUUGCCUCGUGCUCUAGCUCUUCUAGCUCUAGCUCCAGCACUUCCGGCUCGGGAUCCGAGACCACCACCGGUUCGGGCAGUGAGAGCACCGGCACUCAGUCUGGUGACAGCACCACCACGGGUACCUCUGGCUCUGGCUCCGGCUCCGGAUCGGCCACUACCACUGGCCCCGGCAGCGAGAGCACCGGUACUGGCAGCGAUGCUACUGGCACCAACUCCAAUGGCAGCGGCACUGCUACCGCCACUGGCUCCGAUGCUACCGGCACUGGCGCUACCGCCACUGGCUCCGAUGCCACUGGCACUGGCGCGACCGGCACUGGUGCUUCUACCACCCUGAUCACCACUGCUAGCGGCUCUGAGGCUUCUUCGACUGGUACCAACUCGGGCUCCGGCUCUGGCUCCAGCGAGACUGGCUCUGGCUCUGGCUCCAGCGAGACUGGCUCUGGCUCUGGCUCUGAGAGCACCGGCUCCGGCUCUUCUGGCUCAACCACCGCUGCCUCGUCUAGCAGCACCGGCGCGGCUCACCCCAUGGCGACUGUCGGUACUGGCGCGGUUGGCGCACUGGGUCUCGCUGCCCUGCUUGUGCUGUAA